UGUCGCCCAUUCUUCUUCUUCAUCUUUCUUAUUCUUCUUUCAGCGUGUCAUGGCCACGAUCAGUGAUCUUCUGAAGAGCUCAGAUCGAGGAGUUGUGAAGAAUGAAGCAGAAGUCGAACAGGAAGAAAUUGAUCUUCUUAAGAACUCAGGUCCAGGAGUUGUGAAGAAUCAACCAGAAGUUGAACAUGAAGAAAUUGAUCUUAUUAAGAACUCAUGUGGAGGAGUUGUGAAGAAUCAACCAGAAGUCGAACAGGAAGAUAUUGAUCUUAAGAACUCAGGUCCAGGAGUUGUGAAGAAUCAAGCAGAAGCUGAACAGGAAGAAAUUGAUCUUCUUAAGAACUCAGGUGGAGGAGUUGUGAAGAAUCAACCAGAAGUUGAACAGGAAGAUAUUUAUCUUAAGAACUCAGGUCCAGGAGGUGUGAAGAAUCAACCAGAAGUCAAAGAGGAAGAAAUCGUUCUCUUUCAGAAUCAGAACUCAGGUCAAGAAGUUGUGAACAAUCGACUAGAAUUUGAACAGGAAGAAGAAACUGAUCUUCAGAAUCAGAACUGUGAACACGAAGAAACUGAUCUUCUUCAGAACUCUGGUCAAGAAGUUUUGAAGAAUCAACCAGAACAGGAAGAAAUUGAUGUUACAGAGCAGUUUAACACCUCCUUGUCUCAGCGUGUUCACUGUGUUUACCAUAUUUUCCGAUCUAUAAAUUGCCCCUUCAUCACCAAGGAGGAGCUGAUGCACAAGAUAUUGUCUCGAUGUCUUGACAUCACAGAGAGCAGAGAAGUGGAAGAGCUGUUGGAGCAGCUUGUAAAUCUGGUUCCUGAAUGGAUCUCCAGAAGAUCGUUCCUAGGUGGCGAUGUUUUCUGCAUUAACAGGUCAAUAACUAUAGAAUCUGUGUUGGAGAAAUUUGAUCAAAUUUGA